AUGAAUGAGACAACUGUAAGUGAUAAGUCUCUUCCAACAAAUUUUGAGGCUAGUGUGGCUAGGAGAACUAGAAGCAGGGCUGGAAAAGGUGUAGAAACUGCUAACACACCUGUCCAAACACCCAAACCAACUAGGGCUACAAAAAGUACUGGUAAAAAGCCCCUGUAUGGUCCUCCAAAACCUGUGAGUAAGGUGGUUCCUAGAACUGAGGAGAAACAAAAAGUUAAGAAAAGGAAAGCUCCACCAACUAGUGACUAUGAGUUUGAGCCAGAGACAGAUGUUGCUGCAUCUGGCAGCACAUCCAGGAAGAAUAUAGGAAGAAAGAAAGUCCCUCAAUCUGUUCCCUAUGCCCCUUUGGAUAAUGUGAGGUUGGCUCUAGAAAGGAAUCUGAAAGAAGAUAUCCUUCAAUGCCAAAGUGUUGUUGAAGGUAUUGACUAUGCAGGUUUGAUGAAGACUGUCUGUGGUUUGGACAAGUGCUAUGACAGGCUUGUCAAAGAAUUUUUGAUCAAUGUGGCUGAAAACUAUGAUGAUCCAGCAAGUCCUGAGUAUAGGCAAGUUUUUGUUCGUGGGAAGUGUGUCAAAUUCUCACCAACUGUGAUUAAUCAAUAUCUGCAAAGGAAUACUGAAGAGGUGGCUGAUCUGAAGGUUACAGACAAUGAGUUCUGCAAGGUUAUCACAGGUGGCAAGAUAAAGAUUUGGCCUAGCAAAGCUAAGUUGGCUGCAACUUCUCUCUCUCCAUUAUAUGCUAUUCUAAAUAGGGUUGCUGCACACAAUUGGGUGAAAACAACCCACUCAGGUGAUGUGGCCAGAGGUUUAGGCAAAUUCAUUUAUGUUGUGGGUACUAAAGCAAAAUUUGAUUAUGGGUCCUAUUUCUUUCAUGAAACAUUAAGCCAUGCUAUGACCUAUAUUGUUGAAAAGCUGGUAGCCUUUCCCACUUUACUGUGUAAUGUCAUCCUUGAGCAGCAUCCAGAUAUUCUGAGGAGCACUGAUGUUCCUUGUACAAGAAAAGGAAAGCUGACCAUUGAACAAAGGCUGCUUGAAGGGACAAAUGUUGCAGUAGGUGUUGGCUCAUCUGUCCAGGCUGGGGUACUCUCUAGGAAGCAGAUGAUUGCUGACUUAACUGAGGCUAGCAGAGCACUUGAGGCCAUAAAAUUGAAGAUAGAUCGUGUGAUUGAGGCCCUCAAGGCUGAGGAAGCUGCUGAGAUUGCUGAGGGUGAGCUUGAUGGACAAGAAGGAAUUGAAACUAAUGGCUCUGUGGAUGGUACUGAGGAUAUGAUGGAGGACUCUGAUGAAAACAAGUGUUGGUGCACUUUUAGCAACACCUGUCUAAUACAGACAAGUGUUGAUACACCUUGA